UUUAAGGCAGCAUUCCAUUCCCAUGGCAACGCAUUGUCUCCCGAUCCAGAAGCCCAGCUUCGGUGAGACUCGACAUGGCCCGGGCACUAGCACGGGCCCGAGGUAGCAGAGGUCUGAACUGCCUAGCCGGGUCACAGCAAACCAGAAUCCCAGCACAAGAAACAGAUGACUCGUUCUCUGCUUGUUACUGUGAAGAGACUGAGGAAGACACUGCAAGUCAGGAUGGAGGGAUGACUGUUGACUGUUUGUCUAUUCCAAAACAGAAAUUAGCUCAGUCCCAGAAGAAAAUUAAUCAACUCAUUAGCGAAAAAAUGAGUACCAAAGCAAACAAGGAGCUGAUUCGGUGUUUCAUCCUCUCUCAGAUUGUUUUUGGGAAAGAACACUGGAAAUGUGCACAGGCUUUAGCCAACCUGGCUUAUGGUUACCUGACAUUGAGAGGCCUCCCAGCUCAGGCCAAGAAACAUGCGGUGAAGGCCAGGAACACACUGCUGACCUGGAAACGAAACACAACCUCAGACAAGGACAAAAAGGAAAUCCUGGAAACUCUGGUCAUACUUUACUAUACUCUGGGGAUAUCCUGGCUCCUACAAAACCAUGGCAAACAGGCCUACAUCCACCUGCAGAAAGCAGAGAGAAAUAUGAAGGAACUGAAAGAGUUAAACAAUGGUAACAUUUGUGGAAUCCAAGUCUCGGAGAAAGACCUAACCAUUGCUUUGGGCAGAGCCUCUUUGGCCAUGCACAGGAUGAACCUAGCUCUGGCAUACUUUGAGAAGGCAAUUUGUGGUGUUAUCCUUGCCAAGGGUCAUGACACAUCAGAUCUGAUUGGUUUGUAUGAAGAAAUCGCUCAGAUCGAGCAGCUGAGGAAGAACCACGAACAGGCCAUCCAGUACUUGCAGCAGGCCUAUUCUAUCUGUGUUUCUUCGUUUUCCGAAGUCAGCCCCCAAACUGCUGAGGCGAGUGCUUUACUAGCAAAAGCUUAUGCCUUGUCCGGAGAAUCCCAGCACAGGGAUGCUGUUGAGAUAUACUUUAUAAGAAGUAUUAGUACAUACCAAACCCUGGGCUCAGAAGACUAUGAAACUCUCACCACCAUUGAAGACUUUUGUACAUGGCUCAUCCAAAAUGGUGAAAAGCAGGAGGCUUACAGACUGCUAAAGUCUACACUGAAUUCUGGCACCUUUGGGGACUGUGGCAAAAAAGUAGCUGAAGCCUUUUAUAACAUGGGCAGCAUCUGUUUUGCCAAAGGAGAGCUCGGAGAAGCAAUUGAGCUACUGAGGAAGUGUCUGAUGAUUCAGAGUCUCAUCUACGGCAGUGAACACACUAAGAGCAUAGAGACUAGAAGCCUCCUUUCCCUACUGCAGAGAUGAAGGAGACUCAAAAGGAGACCUUAGAAAAAAACAGAAAAGAAACCAAAGGAAGAGGAGAAAGUUUCCAGAAGCAGUAAUUACCCAAUUGCAAUGAAACAUUAAGGAAAUGCAAACAACCAGUGAGCAGACAAAAUUUCCAGUCUCAUGUAGCAUUAACAAAUACAAGUGUUAGCUGAGUAUUUGUGAUAAUGUAGACUAUAAUCACAACCCAGUUCUGUCAAAAAGAUUGCAGAGAGUCAACCCUCUUCAUAUUUUGUUGAUAAGAUUGGUUGUUAUACUACCUUUUGUUGGUAUUUUGAGAGGGAAAAGGUGAGUAAAACGUUUAAAUAUGUGUGUCC